AGUUCCCAUUGGCCCCUGUCUGCAAACACGUCACAAUCAUGAUUAGAAUUGAUGAUCGGACGUUCUGAUUUCAUUGUCUAGCAAACGGGACUGGUGAAGAAAUCUGCUGAAUUUGAACGUCCGUCUGAUUUUGACAUCAGAAAUGCCACAUUACCCAGCCGUGUGCCAGGUACACUGAGGCACACCAGGUACACUGAGGCACACCAGGUACACUGAGGCACGAUGAGUACAAAAGUUGUGCUUAUCUAGAAACAUGGAGGUUUUGCUGUGAUCUGCAUGGCUGCCCCGUUCCACACCAGUAGCAGAAUGGAUGCUUGGUCACAGAGACGUGGCCUGCAGAAUAUGAACCUGCGCUCAGUUUUUACAAAUGAGCAGCAGAGGAUCCUGGAACGUUACUAUGAUAACGGGAUGACCAAUCAGAGCAAGGCUUGCUUCCAGCUAAUACUGCAGUGUGCUCAGGAGGCCAAACUGGACUUCAGCGUGGUCCGGACAUGGGUUGGCAACAAAAGACGUAAGCUGGCCUCCAAGGUGGAACAAAACGGAGGCAUGUCUCAUUCCUUAUCCAGUCAUGGACUUGCAGGGGGAUUACUCUCCAAUCACUCAUUAGCUGGAGGUCCACUGCCGAAUCACGGCCUGGCUGCAGGGGCGCUGCUUCCCGCUGAACUCACUGCGGCGCAAAACCUCCAGAACCGCGUUCACCUACUGCCUCCAUCCUCAUCCUUCCCUUCUUUCUCCUCAACAUCAUCCUCCCCUUCCUCUUCCUCUCCCCACAGCAGCGGAAGCAACAACAACAACAACAACAAUGACGUCAUACUGACCGGGAUUUACUCUCUCAGCUCAGCCCCCCGUCCCAGACCAAGACCCCCUGCCCCGCUAUCCCAGUCAGCCUCCGAACUUCCAGCAAACACAUCCUCGACCUCUCUGAUCAGCCGGACCCUUCAGAGCAGGAACAGCACCACCUCCUCGCCCUACCACUCCAAGCCAGUGUCACUCACUCAAAACCUCCCACCCCUCACGUCUGCCUCAGGGCCUUUAGUCUACACUGCAGUCAGGAAGGGAGCUGUAUCCCUUGUGGAGGCGGGGCUAAGAGCAGGGGGGGCAGGGGUGGUACCUCACAGCUGGACCAUGCAGUAUAGUGCAGCGCAAACCCGCCCCUGGUCCUCUUCCUCACAGUCCAAGCCUCAGCACAGACCUCACUCCAACCCUCAACCUCAACCACCUGCGCCUCAGAAGACUCGGGUCUCCCCCCAAGUGCAAAACUCUGGCCCCUCUUCCGAGCAAACUCUCGUAUCCAGACCUCCUCGUAUCCAGCAGGUCUUCACCUUGUCAGAAAUAGGCGAGGGGGACAGGCUCAGGCCAAGUCAUGCGUCUACCCGGAAAAGUCCGGAGAGUCAUAGGUCGGCGCCCCACCCUCUGGACGCCAGUCACAACUUCUCGAUCGCCAUGGAGACUGGAGAUGAAGAAGACGAGUGGCAAAGGGAAGAGGAAUUGGCAAACAUGGCCGCUCAGACGCACAUCCACAGGGAGCGGACGCCAACAAGCCCGAGCGGGGCUGACGUGUCUGUUGGGAGAGGAAGAAACACCCCCCCGAUGACGAGCUCCAGACCCACAGCGCUCCUCAGCAGCACCACGCUUCACGGCAGCUACUCCGUCACAGCACAGACCUCACCUCCAGGGGAAUCCAGCACACAGGAUUCAGUCAGUGUGUCUGCUGCCCCCUGGGUUAUCAGCAACUCCAGAAAAAGAACACUGCAGGAUCGGACCCAGUUCAGUAAUGGGGAUCUCCUCCAGCUAAAGCGCUACUGGGACCGAGGCAUGACCAGCCUAGGCUCAGUGUGCCGGGAAAAGAUCAACGCCGCAGCAAACCAACUCAAUGUAGACACUGAAAUAGUCAAGACAUGGAUCAGUAACAGACGGAGAAAGUACCGUCUGAUGGGUAUAGAGAUCCCUCCACCUAAAGGGGGGCCUGCUGUAUUCUCCACCUCAUCCCCGGGAAACGGGUCUCCCGUGGCCCUCAGCCCAGACGAGGUGGGCCUCAGAACGCCUGAACUCGGAGAUGACUUAAACGACGAGGGAUCAAUCUGCCUGUCUGAAGAUGGAACCAUCGACUCUCAACACAGGGAAGGAGAUGACGGUAUAGAUGUGUCUGCUGCUGCUCCACUGGCCAAUAAUGUGAAAAUCGAAGUAAUUGACGAGGAAGAUGACUAUGACGACGAUGAUGAUGUUGGUGAUUUAGUGGCUUCAGACCUAGAGCAAAUGCACGGCCUGCUGGAAUUCAAGCAUGAGGAAGUGCAGUUCUUAGAGAAUGAGCUAGAGAACCAAAAACAAAAAUAUGACGAGCUUGUAAGCUUCACAAAGAGCCUACUCAACGCUGUGAGGAACAAUGACCUGGAAAGACAGCAGGAACUCAUGGCCAGUCUACCUCAGCCUUCAGAGCAGGACUGGGACAUGAUGGUUGAUACAGGAGUUGCUGCUGACUCAGCGGACGCAUCCUCAAACCACAGCAGCUCCCUAAUGACCGGCGAGGGCAGAGUGGAGCCUCAUCCGGACAUGGCGAAAGAAGAAGUCCAAUCAGUCACCAUAAACAAAGACAAUACAAUGGCUAAAGUUACUGAGCCCUCUGCAUCAGAGGAGCCACUGCAGGAGGCAGUCACAGAACAAAAGUGACUAUGUCCUGACCAUCAGCUCAUUUAGACUCAUUCAGAGGUUUCCACACUCCACGUAUAAGCUGGUUUCAGACUUUAUGGCCCACAUAGUCUCACAUCCACACAAACACUCUGGUAAACUCAUGCUCCGCACACAGUGCCUGUGGAUCGACACUUCACUACGACUGUUGGGCUGACAAAUGCCUUUUUUAACGCAUAUCAUUCACCUUGCUCUGGCCUAGUCAAGGGAGAACAAUAAAAAACCUCUAAAUUACAGUGGGGCAAAAAAGUAUUUAGUCAGCCACCAAUUGUGCAAGUUCUCCCAUUUAAAAAGAUGAGAGAGGCCUGUAAUUUUCAUCAUAGGUAUACCUCAACCAUGAGAGACAGAAUGAGAAAAAAAAUCCAGAAAAUCACAUUGUAGGAUUUUUAAAGAAUUUAUUUUCAAAUUAUUGUGGAAAAUAAGUAUUUGGUCAAUAACUAAAGUUCAUCUCAAUACUUUGUUAUAUACCCUUUGUUGGCAAUGACAGAGGUCAAACGUUUUCUGUAAGUCUUCACAAGGUUUUCACACACUGUUGCUGGUAUUUUGGCCCAUUCCUCCAUGCAGAUCUCCUCUAAAGCAGUGAUGUUUUGGGGCUGUCGCUGGGCAACACAGACUUUCAACUCCCUCCAAAGAUUUUCUAUGGGGUUGAGAUCUGGAGACUGGCUAGGCCGCUCCAGGACCUUGAAAUGCUUCUUACGAAGCCACUCCUUCGUUGACCUGGCGGUGUGUUUGGGAUCAUUGUCAUGCUGAAAGACCCAGCCACGCUUCAUCUUCAGUGCCCUUGCUGAUGGAAGGAGGUUUUCACUCAAAAUCUCACGAUACAUGGCCCCAUUCAUUCUUUCCUUUACACGGAUCAGUCGUCCUGGUCCCUUUGCAGAAAAACAGCCCCAAAGCAUGAUGUUUCCACCCCCAUGCUUCACAGUAGGUAUGGUGUUCUUUGGAUGCAACUCUGCAUUCUUUCUCCUCCAAACACGACCAGUUGAGGUUUUACCAAAAAGUUCUAUUUUGGUUUCAUCUGACCAUAUGACAUUCUCCCAAUCCUCUUCUGGAUCAUCCAAAUGCCCUCUAGCAAACUUCAGACGGGCCUGGACAUGUACUGGCUUAAGCAGGGGGACACGUCUGGAACUGCAGGAUUUAAGUCCCUGGCGGCGUAGUGUGUUACUGAUGGUAGCCUCUGUUACUUUGGUCCCAGCUCUCUGCAGGUCAUUCACUAGGUCCCCCCGUGUGGUUCUGGGAUUUUUGCUCACCGUUCUUGUGAUCAUUUUGACCCCACGGGGUGAGAUCUUGCGUGGAGCCCCAGAUGGAGGGAGAUUAGCAGUGGUCUUGUAUGUCUUCCAUUUUCUAAUAAUUGCUCCCACAGGUGAUUUCGUCACACCAAGCUGCUUACCUAUUGCAGAUUCAGUUUUCCCAGCCUGGUGCAGGUCUACAAUUUUGUCUCUGGUCUCCUUUGACAGCUCUUUGGUCUUGGCCAUAGUGGAGUUUGGAGUAUGACUGUUUGAGGUUGUGGACAGGUGUCUUUUAUACUGAUAACGAGUUCAAAAAGGUGCCAUUAAUACAGGUAACGAGUGGAGGACAGAGGAGCCUCUUAAAGAAGAAGUU